AUGGCUACCAAAAUUAUCCUUAACCUUGCUGUAUUUACUCGGGUAGCACUGGCUAACCCUUUGAUUCUCGAUGCAUCCUCGCCAGAGCAGCCAGGUUUUCCUAAGUUAGAGGAAGGGUUUGUCCUUGCUGCUCCCUUCGCACUUGACGAUGCGAAGGAAAAUGUAAUAAUUAAGAGUCAUGCCAAUAUCAAGCAUGAUCCUGAUGGCUAUUACAUUUUCCAGGCAUUCCCUCACUCGCGUGUUCCCAUUUCUUCUUUGAUGAUGAUCAUUAUUCCCGUGGUUGUUGUCCUCUUCUGUGCUUUCAUGCUUGUCCUGCUUCGCACAUGGAUCAGCGUGAGUGACCGAUUCAAAUUCUCUUCGUCAGCGAUGGAGGAUCGCGAAAAGGCCUUGGCUAAUUUGCGUAUUGUUGGCAUGCGUUACGAGGAAGCUCCUCAGGAGAAGAUUUCACCCUCUGCCACUCUUACUUCUGAACUCUGCGAGAAGAAGACUGAUAGCGACGAGAAACUGCCGAUUGGCACAGGUGCUACUCGAGCCACUACCCAGAGCUCUAAGAAAGUCAAAGAUGCGAAUGAAAUCGUCGGCCCUGUUGUUCCCGUCUUGCGUAACGAAGACCCUAAUGUUCUUUCCGAUGGCGAAUCUGAUGGGUCAUACGAAGAUGAAGAGGAGGAUGAGCUUGAUGCUGUGCCCACACUCGCCUCUGCUCCCAUCCAUCAAGUCCCCACGUAUGAAGCCGCCCCUUCUCAAUUGGAGAUUGUUGAGCUGCCUAAGCUCUCAACUUCAUCUACGUUGGCUCACGAUUCUUCUAGCUCUCAAAUCCAUGGCUUGGCUGAGCCGAUCCAGGCGAAUGCGUUUGUCCGUGCAUCGGCGACGUCUACUCUAUUUGGGUCCGAUGCCGUUCAUACACAGUCACAGGCCCAUACGUCGAUGACCGAGCCAGAGACUAAAGACCAAGACUCUCUUUUCCCUUGA